CUGACUGCUUUGUUUUGUUUUGGUAGUGGGAGUUGGGUGAGAGGCAGACAGACGAGCAGGCGGCGGUACGCAUGGGAGAGAGCCGCUCUCUAAAUGGGGAGAGCUAAAUCGGGAAUGGAAAAUGACGGCCCGAUAGCUGACGCCUGUAAAAUGCCGAGUUUCAUCAGCGGCAUCGAGGAGGGGAGGGUGAAAUUGUCCCGCAACCUGCCGACACAAACUUCCCUCACGGACGGUAAAGUUGAGCGGACGCUCGGAGAUUUGAGCCGACGUGUCACCAGGUCAAACUCUCGGCUAUCGCUGGACGAAAGCGACAGGGACCCGGGGGGGAAGGAUGCGGAGGGCAACAACAACAACAACUGCAACGGCGGAGGGAGAGCGAGGAGGAGGGCGAGCGCUGUCGACAUCCUGAGGAAGAAUUUCGGGGAUUCAAAAUCUCCCUCUUUCCGUCUAAACAGAGGCAGUCGGAUGCAGUGCGGAGCCGAGCUUGAAAACCACGAAGGAAACGUUAACGACACUCAAGAUUAUGUACCUGAUUGUAGCGGGUCUACAAAGUCGGACGUAGAAACGGGCGAAGCCGAGGUGGAAAACGAACAAACCUCCAGCGAGUUACCGAGUUUGGGUGUUCGGGCAGUUGAAUUGUUAACCGUUACAGGUCAGCGCCAUCAUACGUGUGACAACAGCGGCAGCACGGCCACUCCGGAGGGGUCUGUCAGUGCCAAAGAGCACGUCUACUGCACCGUUUACUGCAUUGCCAACGACAGCCAUGGAAAAGAUGCCGAAAUCACGGACCGCUCCGAUGACACGGUCGCAGCAGACGCGUCAGAACGGGACUUGGAGACUGGGCAGCCGCAACCGUACACAGUGGACGACCUGGUGGAUCCUUUCGGGGACUUGUCCCACCGGCUGUCCGCGGAGCAGGCCGACGCCGAGGGUGCGAUGCAGAGUUGCCGGGUGUGCAUGGAAGAGAAAACCAUCGCACCCCUGCCCUGCUGCAGGAAGGCCGUGUGUGACGAGUGUCUGAAACUCUACGUCAGCUCCCAGGUGCGAGUGGGGAAAGCUCUUAUCGGCUGUCCGAUCACGGAGUGUAGUGGCAACCUGGAGGAAGGACUGGUGAUUUCCCAUUUGACCAAAGAGGAGGUGGCAAAAUAUCGUUACUUCUUGGAGCUGAGUCAGCUGGAUUCGAGCACAAAGCCCUGCCCCCAGUGCAGUCAGUUCACUUCUCUCAAGACGCACAACCCCAACCGCUCCGAGCACAAGUAUAAAAUUCAUAUUCAGCGUACGGAGGGAUGCGAUCAUAUGACCUGUGUGCAGUGCAACACCAACUUCUGUUACCGCUGCGGAGAGCGCUACAGACACCUGAGAUUUUUUGGGGACCACACAUCCAACCUCAGUGUGUUUGGCUGCAAGUAUCGCUAUCUCCCCGAUAAACCUCAUCUGAGACGGCUAAUUAGAGGCUCUGUCUGUGCCUCUAAGGUGCUGAUAGCUCCUGUGGUCAUUCUGCUGGUCGUGGUGCUCGGAGCUCUCGCGCUGGUGAUAGGGUUGGUUGUUUUCCCGAUUUAUUACGUGUGCAAGAAGAGGAAGAAGCAGCAGCGCACCAGAGGCUCUGGACGAUGGAUCUGAAGCUCGUCCUUCUUUCCACGCAGACCUCACACACACACACACACACACACACACGGUUUGGAAAGACAACACCCGCACCUCCUCAGGGACAGACCUGCCAGCCUGAGUCAUCACAAAACUCUUGAGAUGAGCAACACAAACGAAACACUGGCAGUUAGGAAGGACCUCAGGUGGAAUGAUGUACCUAAAUCUAUAACGUGAGGCCUACAUGAAUGCACAUCUUUACAUCUGGAUCAUUGCUCUCAAGUGGGACUACUGCAAAAUGAAUGCUGUAUCAGGAUGCUGGAUAUUUACGCAGAAGAGUAAUUUUAAAAAAAAAGUUAAAAAAAAGCAACCCCACCCCCCCCGAUCAGCUUGCACAGUGCUCGUCACAUAGAGGAUGUUAAAUGUAGGAACUUCUGAGGACUUUCUUGGAUACACUGCAGGAAGUUUAAAUCAGUGCACAUUUUCCACGAAUGUCACACUUUUUAUUUCAUUAUUUUAAAGGAGAACAACCAUAAAUCGCAGCUUAAACAGCCGCAGUUUGGUUUGCGCCCUUGCUUUCCUACCUGCGGUUAGUUUGACGCUGAGAUGUAGGAAUACUGUGGACACGAGGCUUUGAUUGUGUCGGAUACCGGUAAUUAUGAAGGUGCCAGAAAUGCCGGCUGCACGGUAAUAGCAGAGCCUCGCGGAUGAAAAAGAAGGAAAUACGUUUUUAUUCAUUUGCAAAGGUUGUUUUUGCCGUUGUUGGCUGCAGGAAAAAAGGGUGAGAAAUGGAAAUGAAUUUGGAACAAGCAUUGAUAUCAAGUUCUCACUGAUGCAACGCAAGCUGGACCUCAACUUUUCCCAGCGUAGGUCAGAUAUUUGGAAAAAUUUCCAUCGCACUUUGAGUAUCUGGCAAACCGACAGCGUGGACAAUAAUGUCAAAGGAAGGAUGAUACUUGACUAUUCUGGGUAACAGCGACUGCCUCUCAAAUUCUCGCUAGAAGGUUUGAAGAUUGGGUGUGUACCCAACCUUAAGAGUGACGUCUGGUUUUAAAGACCGCACACACACUAACACACAUGAAAGUGAAACUUUGGAAGGCCCUUUGGAGUUCUAACAAGCCUCUGUUGUUUUCUGUUACGGUUUUCCAUCAAACCUUCAUCCUGUCUGUCUCCGUCUCUCUUGCUGUCUUUUUGAACCACCUCUCUGUCUGUCUGUCUGUCUGAGCUGAUGCUGGUUUACACUCUCCCUCUCUGCAUGGCAUGUUGUUUCCAGUGAGCCUACAUGCUGUAUGCCAGUAUCUGCAUCAUCAAAAAAAAAGGAGCUGCUGUGCCAAAACAAAGCGCUGAAUAUGGCGGGAUAGACGGUUUACCGUUUCCCUUUGUUAUUUGUUUUGUUUUUAUUGUUCUUUUAGACGCGAACUUUUGCAGGGGUGUCGACGAGGUGUAAUGGAGUGUGCACAAGAAACGGGGAUGAAAACAAGCUGUAGAAGCACGGUAGAUAGUUGGAAAGUGCUUAGAAGACCAGAAACUGACUGAAAAGACAGAGAAUAGAAUGUAGAGUUAGGCCCGCGGUUUACCAAAGAGCUAAACAGGGUGUUAUUGUUCUUAAGGUCAUCCAGUUUAUUUGGAUGUCAGCUGUAUGUGGAUCAGUUUUGUGUUUUUUUGUUUGUUUGUUUGUUUGAAGCUGUCUGCCUGCUUGACAGUUUGGAUAGUGACAAAGCAGUUUUGACGCAAACCUCUGAAUUCAUUCGCACUGGCACGAGAGAGAGCGCGCACAGCGAGCACUGCCAGGAAACGACGGAUUUUUAAGAGCUUUAAAGGUCGCCACCUGGCAGCAGUCAGCCAGCUGCUCUCUCCACUUAUCCUGUCACUCUUUUUGUUUUUUGCUUUAUUUCAUUUUUUUUUAAUAUAUAUAUAUAUACCUUUGAUGCCUCGUGAUUGUCCUUUAACAUCUUUUGUCCGUGCCGCUGCCCCGUGAGGUGUGACUGGACUCUGACCUCAGCUGUGAGUGGAUGUGGAGAGGCGGGUGAUUACAGUACACAAAGCUCAAUUGCUGCAGCAGCCACAGAGAAAAAGGAAGCAUCCAAACCAAUUGCAUUUUUUUUUCUCCACACUUCUGAUAUGUGAAAAUAGCACACAUCUUCCCAGUGGUGCAUUGUGGAAGUGAAAACGGCUUCCAAAUCAGUCCCAGACUUCUUUUUUUUUUUCUUUUUCAUGCAGUGGGGAUGGCAUUUUAAAGGAGACGCAUUAAGAAAAACACAAAGAGACGACACAGUAGAGUGAGUAAAUAUGUGGAAGGCCAAGUGAUGAGAGGUUCCAGGUGAAAUGUCUCAAUCUGAAAUAAACACUGUGGCUGAAGGCGGGAAGUUUGUGUCUGUGCAUCCGUAGCAGUUGCCGUCGGAGCGAAUAUUACAGCACGUUUCAUCACUGAAGCAGAUGAUUGGAUGAUUUGCAGUGCAAUGCCAUUAACUGGGAUUUAUCCCAUGACCUGAUCUCUUUUCUACAUCUGGGAGUUAACACAUACAACGUGUCAGCUGUAGGCGCAAUAUACAUACACAGAUUGUUACGCACCCGAUCUGAACAACCACAACAGGGUCACGAUUCUGGGUUUGAAUCUGCUCUCAGGAAGUUUGCUUUUCUCUUCACUGUAACCCAGAGCCUCCCAUCUCACCUGAGCUGUGCCACAGAUAUCCUCAACUGCACUCUGGAGUCGCAGCUCUUCCCGAUGCCUGGAGCUUCAGGGAUUAGAAACCCUGGUUUAAAUUCCAGGAAGUAAAACCACUGUAGUGUCAAAAGAAGAUCAAACUGUCUGGUUGCAGCCGCCACUGUCCGGUCUGCACUCUGGUCACGGGUUAAACCUGUACAUUACAAUAUGUAUUAGUAAAUCAGCAGCAUGGAGGCGGAUGUGCAAUGAAUGGGCCAAACUGAAUGCUUUUAACAUUUACUCACAUGCAUUUCAUGCAGGCACGUUUCAGCUACACUGGUGUAUUGAAUUGCUGCUUGUUUUUUUGUUUUUGUUUUUUUUAAAGUCAUUAAAUGGUUGACAGAGAAUAUGACGGUUAUGUCCUUUAGACUAUUUCUAUAGCAUUUUCCUAAAUUUCAAUUUUUCUUUAAUGGUUAGCUCGUAGAAAAAAAAAAGAUGGCAAAUUUACCUUUUGUUUUUGUUUUUUUUGUAAAUACAGAUAAUUGAGGUCUUAUGGGAUGUUUUUUUUUCCAUGUCACAUCAGGUUUUUACCCUUUUAUACACAUCUGUGUUGCAUAACUCUGCCCAGUGCUAAUGCCAUGCAGAAAUCCCAUCUUUGUUGUUACUGUUGUUGUGUUACUAUAGCCAGGAGCUCUUUGGUUAAAGCUGUAACCAGAAGCUGCUCUGUAUAUUCAUUUAGUGACAUUAGAGUUGUUUCAGGUCAUGAUUUUUUUUCCCCUUGCUGGGAAGCAUUGGCUGGUUGACACCCAUGGUCUUUGUUUUGUUUUGUUUAUAUGACAUUACCGGUUUUAUUGGCAUAAAUAUGCAAUGGUGCCUUCACGUCAACAAUAGAUCAGAUUACCAACUUUUUAUUCAGGGUCCUGCAAAUAUUACAGACAAGGGUGCAGUCUUAUCAGCCUGCUGUUGUAUGUGUUAUUUAUUAGAACAGUUAAUAGAGCAGUACAACAGGCUUCUUGAUGUAAAAUAAAUUUGUCUGAAACUACUGUUGAAGGAAUAUAUAUUUAUGGAUGUCUUACCCAUACCACACAGAAGAUAUGCAGAUGACUCAGUGUUUUCCUGCUAAAAAUAUGUUUUAUAGUUUCAGAUUAAACUAAACUUCUGAAAUUUUAUAAGUGCCACAAUCCAGUGGGUUUCGCUACAUCCCAAAUACUCUUUGUACCUUUUUGCACAAGUUACUCUGUCACCAUAUUUCCGACUCGCUCUUUGGAUUAAUCCGAGGAGGCUGUUGCACUCAUCAGAUGAAUAUAAUUUAAGGCCAACACGGGACUAACCCUGUCUCGAUGAAAGAGUUAAUCACGCCAAAAAAAAUAAAGAUUUCAGUGUCAUUUCAGCAUAAGUUUGACUCAGGACAAGUGAUGUUGCAAUAUGGUGGUGUACUAUCAGUAACAUCGGGUUGGGUUUUCCCUAUCUAGACAUGCAAAGUUGUUGGAACGACAACAGCAGCAGGUUUAUGUGUACACGCCACACAGUUAUCCACGGGUAUUUCUAUUCAAGGAAAUGUUAGAGACGCUUGAUGAAUAUGUUCCUUGUUUUCACCAGGAAAACCUUCUUCCACCUGCUGAAACAUCUGCUGGUAAUAUUUGUUAUUGUUGCUCACUUAGCCAGGCACAAACACUGUUUUCUCCUGAACAUUUGCUUUAUUAACAGGGAAUAAAGUAAAGUAAGUCAAAUGCCAAAA